AGUGAUUAAUACUGUCAACUGCAUUAGACAAUACAAAUAAGUACUACAAUAUGAUAAAAUCUGAGAUGAAUUGUAUUUUCAAAGAUGAUUGUUUAAACAAUGAAUUCUUUAAAUGAAAUUUGAACAUUAAGCACACUCUAGGAUGAGUGUUCUAGUUCAGUAUGUGGUGGUACGAGGAGAUCUUCUGAAAAAAAUGGAGUGGCCCAUUGGCGCAAUUAUAGCUCAAGCAUGCCAUGCGUGUACUGCUGUUACUCAUCUUUUUUAUAAUGACAAUUACACACAAGCCUACCUUGCCAAUUUAGACGUUAUGCACAAAGUUAUCUUGGAAGUUCCAGAUGAGACCAGUUUAAAUAAUUUACGUUUAACGUUGACAAAUGAGAACAUUGAUCAUAAGCUCUGGAUCGAACAGCCUGAAAAUAUUCCAACGUGUUUGGCAACAAAACCUUACCCGAAGGAUAAAGUACAAUCAUAUUUCAAGAAAUAUAAGUUACUUAAACUGUAAGGAGAUACAAUUUUCAUUAUUACAUAAUUUUCUUUUAUACUGUACAUUAAUUCUAAUAAAAUUAAAUAGUAGCAUAAAA